ACGUGCAAGCAGCCCUUCCCAAAGGGACCGAAGAGAGUGAACGAACGAAGCGAAUGAGACGUGGAAUUACGUCGUCGUCGUCGUAGUCGCCGUCGUGGAACUGUUGAAAGCAGUGAGCGAUGCACCGAGUAGGCUGGUUCGCCAGGCCUACUACAGCUGCUGCUGCUGCUGCUGCUCCUGCUGUUGUGAUUGAUGUGCCGCGUGACAUCUUAUCGGUGGCAUCGCUAAGUGAUUUGUGGUUCGGUUUUCGCUCUGCCAUUCGUGGUGUGUGUGAACAGUGAGCACGCGAAACGGAAAACGAAAUACAAUUAGCCGCCCAUCAGCCGUCGGCAAUUAACUAAUUAGUGCAACUCCCACACCGCGCCCCCACGAUGGCGUUGGAGAAUUGAUUAAUUGCGAAACGAAGAUCGAGUAGGCCUGCCGGGUUUUUUUUUUGGUGCCUGUGAGCCUGUGAACUGUCAAAUUUCCGGUCUAAUCAACCACCACCCGGCAACACGGCGAAAGGGAGAACUGUAGUAAGUUGCCCAAAAAGUGUAAUUGUUUUGGCUGAAAAGUGAUCCACUCUUCGCUGCUAAUUAAGACAUUUUUUUUUUUGGGAGAACCACGCUGGUAAACACCAAAUUUAAAAAAGAAAACACACGAAUGAAACUGCGUGAGAAGAAGUGAUUAAAACACGUGGCGAACGAUCAAUCAAAAAACGGAACGGACGCUCGAGAGGGGGGAAACGUCACGUCUUAACCGUCCGUGGCUAUCGGCGUCACCAUCGGUGUGUGCGCGGGCCGCAAAGGAUAACGAUCACCCUUCCCUCCCGACUGGCUGUGGUCAGCAAGCGAAAAAGAAGGAAACGACAGGAAGCAUCCAGCUAACAGGAUCCUUCACGAGAUCGCCAAGUUGUUCCUUUCUUUAUCUUUGCGCCAAACAACGACGGAUCAUACAUGUGGCAGCAUCGUCACCCUUCCCGAAGAGCGAAAUGCCAGUCAAGUGACGUACGGAUAAACCGGCACGCUGGCUUCGCAACGUUUUAUUAGAUUUUUUGUUUCCCCACCAUUACGAGCGACCAUAAAAUGACUGCAAAGAAGGAUAAGGACUACAAGAAUCAUAAACACGGCAGUGAGUUAAGUGCAACAGCGAUCUCGUCCAAGUUGGACAGCCACCUAGCAGCGAGCCACCAGACGGCGGGACAGACAGCAACAGGUUUGAUAACGGCGCACGAUCCCCUGAAACGCACCAACAAACCCCUGAUGGAGAAGCGACGGCGAGCACGCAUCAACCAAAGUUUGGCCAUCCUGAAGGCCCUCAUCCUGGAGUCGACCGUCAAGAGCAAGACGGGCGAUGGCCAAACCAAACACUCGAAGCUGGAGAAAGCCGACAUCCUGGAGCUGACGGUACGCCACUUCCAGCGUCACCGUAAUCUCGACAAUCCCGGCAUCGACAAGUAUCGGGCCGGUUACACGGAUUGUGCCCGUGAGGUGGCACGCUAUUUAGCCACCCCGGAACCACCACCCCUACCGAGUGUUCCCACGUUGACCGAUGCGGGCUCGAAAGCGCGUUUACUGCGCCACCUGGAUAAUUGUAUUGCCGAGAUCGAUACGGAGAUUUGUCCGAAAUCGAUCGCUACCGCGGGCAAUGGGACGAUCGGAGCGGUGUGUGGUGCAGCCGAUGGGAAGCUUGUGGAUGGUGGUGGUGCGGUAGCGAUGUACGAAACGGGUGCUAUUACGGGUUUAAAGAAAACGAAGGAUCUGAUGGAGUACGGAGCGGUGGUCGCUGGACAGGAUGCGAAUCCACUCGACUUCAGUAAGACAAACCGUGAGAUCGGUCGAUCACCUUACAGUUUUCGUGGAUCACCGACGGAUCUGGGCAUGCUGACACCGAAACCAUUGCAUCAUCAGGAUGAGAACAACAAUCGGGGAAUCGGUGGAAGUGGAGCGCACAAGUCAAAGCUCCCGGGUGCCACGAGUACGGUGGCCAACCUGGAGGAGAUGAUACACGGUAGCGAGAUCGCCACCACCUCCAGCAGCGGCACAGUCACUGUCGGCCAUGGAACGACGCUGAACAAGAUGCUGUUGGGACACUCGCAGCCACAUCCAAAGCUGAUGGAAAUGGCAAACCUUAAGAAUUGUCGCCUCGAUCCGGCCACCAUCAAGCACGAAUCGGCGGCAGCUGCGGCAGCAGCGGCGGCCGCUAUGCUGGCCAACGGGUACUCCACAACCUCGUCGGCCGUAUCUUCCCCGACACCGUCAGCCAGCGGCAUCAUGGAGUCGGACAAAGAUGUCUCCAACCACUCGGAACACGGUAUGACGAUGCCACCGGGAGCGGCAUAUCCACCGCAGGGUCAGGUCGCGCUCCUACUACCCGAUCACUACAUCCAGCUGGCCAAUGCACUCGGUCUGGGUGCGGGUCAACCGAUGGUGGAUCCCCAUCAGGGCCCACAAGCGGCAGCAGCGGCCGCAGCGGCAGCCGCAGCCGCCGCAGCCCUCUCCACGACCGACUUUGAGACACUGAUCGAGCAGAACCGACGGCAACAGCAGGCCGCCGUCCUGGCGCACGAAAAGAUGACCGCGGAGAUGCUGGGCAGUUUGCAUGCGCUACCGGAGAACGUGGACGAGAGUUACUGGGAGCUGUACAAGAAGUCGCUCGGCAUUCCGGACUCGAUUAGCAAGAUGAGCCUGAACGAUGUCCGUGCGUUUAUGGCCAAAUCCGCGAUGGCCGCGAAUGGUAAGGUGGAACCGGGCACCGUGAUUCCGAUCGCUAGUCCGAUUCCUUCCAUUCCGCCCGUCACCAAGAUGGAGGUUGACGAGCACAACCCAACGCAGCACCAUCAUCAUCAUCCGGGGCCACCACCACCGCAACAUCAUCAUCACUAUCAACAGCAUCCACAUGUUGAAGCUCCGGUAUCGGUCAGUGAACCGGCAGCGGUAAAACUGGAACCAGCCACUCUACCACCACCAUCACCAGUAGCGGUACCGGCUGGAUCACCACCGGUGGCAGUGGAAUCACCGUCGGAUCCACAAAAACAACAACCACCACCACCACCACCACCACCACCACCAUCUCACUCGCCAUCGAGCACGAGUGAGGGAGCGCCGAUCAAGAGCGAAACGCUCGACGAUGGCGACAGUCCAAUGGCAAGCGUACCGAGCCAGGAUCAACCGCAGGUUCCGUUCGAAGAGCGAGGAAGCGCAGGUCCGGAAGCACGCGGCCGUAGCGUGAGCCCUGGUUCGGCAUCGGAAGACCACCGGGCAUCACCGGCCAGCAGUGCGAGCGGAAGUGGCAGUGAACGGAGCCACAGUAACCACCAGACCGGUGCUACCGACAGUCAACUAUCGGCCGCUACAUGGCGGCCCUGGUAAAUCCCCGUGGCCCUGGCCGUGUCAGCGGCCAUUUGUAAAUACUUUGAAUGCGUUCUGUGCAAUAGUGUAUGCUAAAUAGGAUGGCCCUUGGAGGGGCUCUUGCUCCGGCAGUUUGCAGUUCCAGUUUUGUGAUCUCAUAUUCCCUCUUACUACACUCUUCUGUAGUUAUGAAAGCGACGACGUAGCGGACGAAGCAGCAGUGCCAAUCGAGAAAGGGCGGGCUAGAAUAGGAAGUCCUGGAGGUGGAGAUUCGUGGGUGAAGGCACAAACCAGUACUAGUAGUAGCGUAGCAUCUCCAUCUGCACAAGUUUGCAGUUAGUGAAGUGAUAGUGAAGUGUGAACUGCUUGCUUGACAGAGACGAUAGACGAGAGGAAGAGGAAAUGCUCCAAAAAUCAGGGCGCAAAUAUUUCUUCAGAAAAAAACCCCUCUCCAGAUGCUGCGCGGGAGAUGUUUGUUGUUUUAAUGUUUUAUGAUGCGUUCUUGCGGAAAAGAAGCGGGUCAGCGGGGGGACGGUAGAAAUGAUUAUGCUACUCUCUUUAGGGUGAGUGGUCGCAAGGAGCGGAUUUCCGCUCGGUGCGCACCGCACACAACCAAUGCUUACCAUACUGAUAUUGUAAUGAGCCUGUAAGUGAACCAUUCUUAUCAUUCGGGAAAUAGUCGCGGGUAUGAGCCCCGCACAUGGGGCGGCAGGCAAGGUAGUAGAGGGUUGAGACGGCAAGCAAACGAAACCGGCUUGUGUUGCAGCAGCGGCUCGUAGCGGCGUGAACUGCAUCCUUGAUCAAUAAAAUACGGUAAAACUAGAU